AUGGAAGUCUUUGUCCGCAACAUCCCUAUGGAGCUGAGUCGCGAUGGAUUCAAGCGCGAAUUGGAUCCGCUCAUGGCACACCUGCAGAUUGUGGAUUUCAUGUGCGACAAACCCAGAACAAGGUACUUUGGCUUCAUAACCUUUCUGUGGAAGGAUGACGGGAACAGGUUCCUUACGGCAUACGGUCAGGAAGAGACCCCAAGUCCGCUUCUUGGGCGCCCCCGAGCCAGGCCAAGGUUAUCGAUUAUGGGGGUGGAUAUCUUUUGCAAGCUAGGCGACCGCCACCCAAGUCCCCUGGUCCUUCGAGCCCUAGAGCACCAAUCUGAGCAGAGGAGAAAGCGUCUUGGAAUAAAGCCGGAGACAAUUGUAUCCUUCCACAUGACGAUGCUCAGCUGUGGACGCUGCGAUUUUGUCGGGCACCGAUUGGUAUACACCCCGGAAGAGACCUGGGAGAUGGAAGGGGUCAUGAGAUUCAGGAAACGAGACAUUGUGGUCAGGACGGAGUCGCGUAUCAUCAGAAUGCCGUUGAUCGCCGUCGUGGGCAUGGUGUGUUCGCAGGACGGCGUGUUAACAAUCACACUUUCGGACGUGCCAUUCUUCUUCGAUGUCGAAACGAGCAAAGCCGUUGGCCUCGAUUCCGAUUUUGUCGCAAUGAGCCUAAAUGGACAGUCACCUCCUGCUGGCGAGAGAAGACUUCGUGCCUGUGCUCUCAGCGAAGAACAUGCCAAAAUCGUCGGGCAGUGCCUAGUUUAUCAAUUUCAUGUCUCGCGGGAAGGGUUCCACGAAAAGACGGAGCAGCUGAAGGAGUGGGAUUUUACUAUGGUGCGGGAUCACAUAGUCACAGCCCCUGUGCCGACAGAGAAAGAAGCAAAACUUUCCACCCAACUCCAGGCUUUGCGAGCAGUGCUGAGUAGCUACACGAGAUUUGCCUCCCUUCCAUUUGGCAUUUUAUUUCAGCUCCAAGCGCUGGCGUACAACGCAUAUCUCCACCCGGCCACAGUCGUUGAGCUCACCAGAGCAAUCAUUGCGAUGACUAGGAAUGACAAGGCGACUGGGAGAGCAUCAGUGUCCGUUGACGCGGUGAAGAAGCUCAUGGAAAUGAUCGGCUGGCCGUUUCCCCACGAGAACCCGAAGAACUUCGAAGUUAGCACACUGAUAGAACAGCUAAGGACAAACCAGGUGCAGACUCAAAUGAACCUAUCGUACAGAUACGGGCUACUCAAUCCGACCCCUAACCUGGCACGCAUCAAUCGAGUGACGGUGACUCCUACUCGCAUCACGCUGCAUGGCCCCGAAAUCGAGCCAAUGAACAGGAUCCUAAGAAGAUUCCCUAAUCACCACGAGUACUUUAUCCGCGUCCAAUUCUGCGAUGAGAAUGGCCAGGAUCUGUUCUUCAAUUCCAAUGUCAAUUACGACAACGUGUUCACACGGUUCAAAGAAGUGGUCACCCAUGGAAUUCAGAUAGCUGGCCGCACGUUCACAUUCCUAGGAUUUUCACAUUCAUCGUUGCGUUCUCACUCGGUCUGGUUCGCAUCUCCCUUCAUCGAUCACAACGACCGCCUCCAAACAUACUUCAACAUCAUUAACGCCCUGGGAAACUUCGCGGCAAUAACCUCCCCGGCAAAAUGCGCCGCAAGAAUUGGUCAAGCAUUUUCCGAGACUCCAUUCGCGAUUUCGCUUUCGGGAAAUGGCAUCCGCCUCCGUAACAUUCCGGAUGUCAAAUCAGCAGAUGGAUCGCGAGUAUUCAGUGAUGGAGUCGGGAGAAUCUCCCCCAAAGCUAUGGAGUUGAUGUGGGUAGUAUUACCGGAAAGCAAAGGAACUCCGACAUGUUUUCAGAUUCGCAUGGGUGGAGCCAAAGGGCUGCUUGCCCUGGACAGCAGCCUUCCCGGCUGCACGGUCGAGAUGCGGCCAUCCAUGAUCAAGUUCGAUAGCAGAGACAUGGACAAUUUGGAGAUCUGCAAGGUAUCAUCAGAGCCACAUAGCCUGGUUCUGAACCGACAAUUAAUCAAAAUUCUUGAGGAUAUGGGCGCGCCGGGGACAUGGUUCAUGGAUCUGCAAGGAGCUGCGUUGCAUCAGAUUCGCUCUGUUACAACCAGCACCGACAAGACUGCGGCCUUCCUGCGCGACAAGGGUAUUGCAGACACCAUUAAGCUGCAUCGCCUGUUCCGACAAUGCUACUGGAUGGGUUUUGAUUACAAAAAGGAUGGCUUUCUCCGCUCUCUCGUCGAACAUGUCGUGCUGCGGGAACUGCGCGUUCUGAAGCACAAGGCACGUAUCCCGGUGACAAAGGGGAUGACAUUGUACGGAAUCAUGGAUGAGACAGGGUUCCUGCAAGAAGGCGAGGUCUACGUGACAUACGAUACUUUGGAAGGUAAACUUGCUUUGCCUCCUCCACCGGGGAAACUUCUAGUGACGCGCUCACCUGCGCUCCACGACGGAGACGUUCAGUUUGGCAUCAAUACGAUUCCACCAUCUGGUCAUGCGCUUCGGGCGCUGAGAAACUGCGUGGUUUUUAGCCAAAAGGGAGAGAGAGACUUACCUAGCCAGCUGAGUGGAGGGGAUCUGGAUGGCGAUCUCUACCAUGUCAUCUGGGAUAAUGCUCUUGUUUCCAAGCUUCAGACCUUUGAACCCGCCGAUUAUCAGCGCGUGAAAGCGAUGGACAUUAAGCGAGCUGUCACCGUGGAUGACAUGGCUAACUUCUUCAUUGACUUCAUGAAGACCGACCAUCUGGGAGUUAUCGCCACAAAACACAUGGUUGUGGCCGAUCAACAGCCCCUCGGAACCCGCGACUUUCUUUGUCGAAAGCUGGCAGAGAUGCAUUCUACCGCUGUAGACUUCUCAAAAUCGGGAAUACCUGUGAGUAUGAAAGACCUCCCUCGAAUGAACAAUUACCGUCCGGACUUCUUAGCACCGGGUCCCCGAGUCAGUCUCAAAGGCAGAACGCGCAUCAAUUUCGACGAGCUCGUCUCCCAUCCGGCAUUCAAUGACGAUGACGACAUGGAGGAGCGUCGAAUUUACUACCGAUCGGACAAAAUUCUCGGGCGGUUAUAUCGCGCGGUGGACGAAGGACAUAUUUGGUAUGGAGAUAUCAUAUCGAAAUGCAAGCUGGACGAGGGUCCAUUUUGGAACGCAUUCAUCACGGAUUGUACAUUGCGAUGCAAUUCUAUGGGACGAGGUGGCUGCAAGCACCUUGCAGACGAAGCCAACCGUCUCCGAGCAGCGUACGAAGAUGCUGUUAUCGCUGCCAUGAACAGCUACUCCGAUCACCCAACCACCCCCAUCACCGAGAUGGAAGUUGUGACAGGCUGUUUGGUUAGCGGGACAGGCAUGCUCAGUCGCCGGCAAAGAGAUCAGUCGAUCAAAUUGAAUGACGAAUAUGCACGGAUCUGCGAAUGGGUCACUAACCUGAUGCGCCGACAAGGUCCAGGGUAUGAAAAUGGGGCACAUUUUGCCUCCGAUGGACUCGAGCUCUGCUUGGCAUGUCUUCAUGAAGGGAUGGAACUGGUGACAACGCGUCGCAGCCAUUAUUACAGAGAUAUGAACAGCUUCAGGGUUGUUGCAGCAUGUGCUCUCCUGGCUGAGAUGGAUGUGGUAGGAUUGUUCAACAGAACGAAAUAA